AUGCCCAGAAAACUCGAGGUGAACGUGAACAACAAGGAGUUUAUAAUAAAUGCACUCAAAGACAACAAGCGUCUUGACGGCCGCUCACUCCUCGAAGCGCGGAGGCUAGAGCUAGAAUACGGGGAAGGGCUAGGCAGCGUAACGGUGAAGCUGGGAGAAAGCAAAGUCAUGUGCUCAGUGAGCUGCACGGUGACGUCUCCACUCCCCGAGCGGCCGUACGAGGGACAGAUGAGCAUUAGCAGUGAGUUAUCAGCGAUGGCGAUGGCGCACUACGAGUCAGGGCUACGCGGCAACACGGCCGAAGAAGAAGCGACGCUGAACCGUCAACUCGACAAGGCUAUCCGGCGGAGUGGAAUGGUUGACCGUGAAGCGCUGUGUAUUGUCGGCGGAGAGAAAGUGUGGUCGAUCGCUCUCACUCUGCAUUACAUGGCCGACGACGGCAACCUCGUAGACGCGGGCGUGACAGCGUGCACAGCGGCUCUCCUCCAUUUCCGUAAGCCUGAAGCUACCGUCGUGGGCGGCGAGGUGACGUACCAUCCCCUCGACGAACGCACUCCCGUUCCUCUGGCUAUAAACCACACCCCCAUUAGCUUUACAUUUGCUUUCUUGGACACUCAAGACACUCAAGACACUCAAGGCGGCGGGGAUAUCGCCGUACUCGAUCCCAACGCUAUCGAGGCCCAGCUCAGCGACGCGUGCUUUAUGGUCACCACUACGCCCCAGAAAGAAUUACUCACGCUGAACAAACAAGGCGGGAAAGUGCUAUCGGUGGAGCGUGUACUAGAGUGCGUUGGAUAUGCUACUGAACGUGCACACACUCUGGCCAAGCAAAUACACGACAGCGUCAAUGCAGAUCUCGACAGGAGGAGAAUUGGUGGAAUUGUGUAG